UUUUGUUCGGUUGACGACGCCGUAAAGCUGAUUAUUCGAGCCGGCCGCGGCGCAGUUAUGGCAAAGCUCGACAUAAAAAGCGCUUUCCGGCUGAUGCCAGUUAUGCAGUCACAGUGGAACCUAUUGGGAUACAAGUUUAAAGGUAACUACUAUUUCGAUGUCGUACUGCCAUUUGGUUGUCGAUCUUCACCUCGGCUGUUCUGCGCUUGUUCGGACGCAAUCGAAUGGAUAUUUAUUCAUAUAUCCGGUCAUUAUGCCGUACUGCAUUACAUUGACGAUUUUUUGAUUAUUGCACCGCCAGGUAGUCUUUGCGCUGAACUUGUACUGCUGUUCAAGGAACUAUGCGAAGAGCUAGGCGUUCCCCUCGCAGCAGACAAGCUAGAGGGACCCGCCACUCAGCUAGUCUUCCUGGGUAUAACACUAGAUUCAGUAUCGCGUACGCUCUCUCUACCAGCAGGGAAGCUCGAGCAACUUAUCGAGCUGCUCCGGUCCUGGUCGGAUAAGUCUACGUGUUCGCUCGAUGAGCUGCAAAGCCUGGUUGGUUCACUGCAAUUCGCUACGAAGUGCAUUCCCGCCGGAAGGCUGUUUCUCAGACGUUUGAUUCAGAAAAUGACAAAUCUGCCGCCUCGCCAGCCGCACCAUGCGCAGUCACUCCAAUUAGAUGCUGACUUCCAGCUCGACAUUGCCUGGUGGCUGCAGUUUCUUCCGGAUUGGAACGGCAAAGCAAGUUUUCUCACGAUUGACUGGAGCAGGCCUGACGUGAUGCAGUUAUACACCGAUGCAUCGGGGUCAAUCGGUGUCGGUGGCUAUUUCGCAGGCCGCUGGUUCAAUGCUCGUUGGCCUGCAUGGAUAAGCAGGGUCAAUCCCUGUAUCGAAUACCAAGAAAUGCUUGGCGUGUUCUUUGCUAUAACCCUCUGGCAGGACUUAUUUCGCAACCUGAAGGUGAUGUUUCAUUGCGACAACAUGGGUGUAUGUCAGGCGUGGGAUAAGCUUGGAUCCACUAACAGAGCAGUACUUUCGCUGAUGCGCAGGAUGGUGAUGACGGUCGCUCAGAACAACUUUACUAUCACUAUCAAGCACGUUAAUGGCUGUGACAACAGCAUCGCUGACGCUCUGUCACGGUUUCAGGACAUGCGAUUCCGCCAGCUUGCCCCGGACGCCAGACAAUCGCCGGACGCCUUACCGGAUAUAUGGGAGGAGCUAGAGGCCAACUACAUCAGUGCAAUGAGCUGAACGCCGUAGCCAACCGGCUUCGAUACCACCACAUUGCAGCGUCCACCCGACAAGCGUAUGAUGCCGGUUGGUUCCAGUUUGAGCAAUUUUGCGUGCGCCUUGCCGAACAUCCACUCCCUGCAUCCGAUGACACAGUGCUCCGGUUCCUUGCCGAUCUUCACUCACGGGGCAUAGCGAUCGCAACAGCCAAAGUUUACCUGGCAUCCAUCGCCAACAAACAUACUGAAUGCGAAUUCCCGAUUCCGACACGUAGCGCUGCCGUUUCUCGCGCGCUCCAAGGUUACCAGAGACUGGCACCGACGCCUCGGGAUCACCGCCUGCCUAUCACGCUCGAUAUUAUGCGGUACCUGAAAGACCGCCUUUCCGCAAUGAAUCUUGCCACGGUCGACAAGCAUAUGUACUGGGCGGCAUUCACCAUGGCCUUUGCCGGACUUCUCAGAGUAAGCGAGUACACGGCACCAUCACCAGCAUCCUACAGUACGGCGCGCACGCUGCUGUUCAAUGAUAUCGCGCUUACCGCUGACGUCAUCACCGUGUCCCUUAAAACGACAAAAACUGACCAAUACAGUCACGGUUACAAGCUGUUACUGCGUAAGACAGGGCGUUCAGUUUGUCCAGUUCGUGCUCUUGCGACAUACGCGGCGUCAAGACUCGAACUCGGAAGUAAGCGUGAACCGCUUUUCAUACUGUCCAGCAGAGCUUACCUGACUCGUCAAGACGUCGAUCGAACACUGAAGCACCUGCUGUGUCCCCUGCCGGAACAUCACCGUUACGGAACCCACAGCUUCCGCAUCGGCGGUACCACAACAGCCGCUGUUGGAGGAUCCAGCGACAAAGAAAUCCAGCGCCUUGGACGCUGGAAAAGCAACUGUUUCUCCGCCUACGUCCGCAGCCAAAUUCCAACGGACGGAAUCAAUCCUUACGCCUGAUCAUGGAUGUUGUUUGGGGUUUGUUUGGGGCCUUCGGUUGCGCAGGGCACUGGUCGCUCUCUUCCGCCGACCUCCGGUCGGCCGGCUUCUCGCUGACCCACGGUCACCGCACACAGCCGCUCACGAGGGUACCAGUCGCCCAGCAGCCGGGGUUCCAACGCCCACAGUGGUCACCGGAAGCGGUACCAUUAAGCACAACUUUUGGAACACUUCAGUUGCGUAAUUACGAACCAAAGAACCAUUGAAAUGAAAUCGAUCAUCGACAUGGUACAAAAUUAGUUUGCGAUUAAGCCGGGUAAUGGAACAGUAAUUGUUGUGUACUGUAUUUUAUUAUACUUAUGUAAUGAAAAACUAUCCGCAGAGGCCUAACUGAAGUAAAUGAUACAUUAUCAUAUACUGAAAUGAGUAUUAUCAUGAAAUGAUUAUUAUGAAAUGAUGAAAUGAAAUGAUUAUUAUCAUAUACUGAAAUGAGUUUGA